AUGGAUCUGACAUCUCAUCACGUAAAUUAUUUAAUAUGGAGGUAUCUCCAAGAAUCAGGCCAUGGAGAAGCAGCUGUCAUGCUACAAAGAGCAUGGUUGGCCAAUCCACAGACACUACCAUUUGCUUCCCAUAUAAAAACGCAUGCCUUAGUAUCCCUGGUACAGAAAGGUCUGCAAUAUCAUGAAAUUGAACAAUCACUCGACGAGGACGGAAAUCCAAUUCCUUUCACACCAUCAAAAUCAUUCUUUGGACCAACACCACUUGAUACAGAGUCGCUCAAAGCACGCGAUGAGACUAUCAAGGCACAGAGUGGACUCAGCACAGCUACAGCAGCUACAACAAUGCCUGUGCCUCCGGCAAACAAGCCUGUUCCAGAGACCAGCGUCGCUACCAAUGGGCAUCCAGUCAGUGAAGCUCCCUUACCACCUCUUCAUGUCAAAAAAGGACGCAAAGCUCAACGCGCCGAGCCCGCCACCAAUGGAGAUGACAGCGCAAUGGAAAUUGACACCAAUGGCGUCGCUCACGAUCGAGUGUCCGUCCCGCCGGCAGUGAAUUCUCCAUCGUCGGCAGGACUUGCUGAUGCGGAAGGAGAUGUGGAAAUGGACUUGGCGCCAGCCGUUGAUCUACCACGCGAAAAACAAGAAACACCCAUCGACACUUUGACGGCCGGACGAAGCGUCGGCGUGCAAUAUGUGCCCGCCAAGGCCGCGGACCUCAGUGCCCACACGACAAUCCUCGAUGUCGAGGUGGCCCGUGAGGACCACGUGACCAGAUCGGCCUGGCGGCCCUUUGAUUCGUCAAUUCUUGCCGCGGCUGGUGAUACCUUUUGUAGUCUGUACAAGUUGGCGCCGGGCACCACAGAGAGGAUCUACGACAGCAGAGGCGAUGGCAGUUGGGUUACUGCUAUAUCAUGGGAGCCUUCGGGUCAGAAGUUAGCUCUUGCCACUUACAAUGAACGACGAUCGUCCAUUCAAAUGUACGACAGUAGUGGAAGUGUUGUCGAUCUAUUACCAACGGCAUCGGGAAUGAUUAAUGGGCUUCACUGGGCCCCUAAGGGCACACAUAUGGUGGUGGUAUCAUCGAAUGGAGAGAGCUCAGAACUUUCUCUCUGGGACGACUCUAUAAAACCGGAGGAGUUCCCAUCAUAUCAGACCAUCGACGGGCUCGUUCACGAUAUGGCCUGGGCGGGCAAUAACCAUAUCUUUAUCUCUGGCGAAGGUUCAGUGUGGCAGUGCGAAAUUGACUCAACAUUACAAAUCGUCAAUCAGUAUCAGUCUCGGGAAUCGAAUACCGAAUGGUCAUUUAUUCGGGGCGUCCAGAGUGGAAGCGGUCCCGUCGCCGUUGCAGCUGCAUGUUCUGCCAAUAAUCUUUGGAUUCCUACGCAUGACAUUAUUGUUAAGGAUGCACAUCGAGCUGAUAUUACGGCUAUUGAGAUACGACCCAAACACCAAGACCAAGAUGUGAAUACCAGCACUUCUUUCACGUUUGCCUCUGCGUCACUUGACGACACUGUGAAAGUAUGGACCGUCGACCUAGAAUCUAAGAAGAUGACUUGCUUGCACACUCUAUUUUUGUCGCCCGGUCUCCCAGCACUAGCCUUGGCAUUCUCUCCAGACGGAUAUGCUGUUGCGGCUGCCAGCACCGAUAGACUUUUUAUUUGGAACACGGAUCGCGGGGACGAGCCACUGGCCACUUGGUCUUGUCCAACAGAUUCCAUUAAGGAAGAUUUGGACAAGCCUGUCAACGGGGAGAAUGGCUCCGUGCCUGUAGAGGCUUUCCGUAGCCUUGCAUGGGAUACAGAUGGCAAGAAGCUUGCAAUGGGAUACGGCAAGAAGAUUGCGGUUGUCAACCUCCAGGGUAGAGGUGUGAAUGUUCUUGAAUGA